AUGGUGGCUUUUUCAGUUCUCGGCCUGGCAACAAUAGCUGCUAGAUCUCUCGCGUCUGUAAAUCCUGUCCCGGAAAGGUCCAUCGGCCUGACCUCCUCUCUAAAAACUGUUCGAAAUGUAAAUACCGCUUCGGAUAUUCCGAGCGGACUGGCUCAACAUGUGCGCGGGCUAGCUAGGUAUGGAGGAACAAUCCCCGAAGGCCUUACGGCUUUGUUGCGUCGAGAAAAUAUCGGUUCAACCGGGUCCUCCUAUGACGCUCCCACUGGCGAGUGGGUUACUAUCGCCUCGUUUGGAACCCCUCCACAAGAGUUGCCAAUAAUUAUUGACACCGGCUCCUGGGACUGUGUUGUGUAUAGCUCUCAGUCCGAGAAGUCAGGACUGCCCGCAAACACCUCAUUAUAUGAGCCGGAUAAUAGUAGAACAGCGAAGAAGCUCGACGGGUUUACGUUCAAAGUCAUAUAUGGAAAUGGCGAUCAAGAAACGAGUGGCGAUAUCGAGGUGAACGGCGACGUGUUCCUAGACGUGCUGACCAUUGGAGGCGUCACUGCCCCGGCACAGGCCGUUGAAUCGGUGAUCAAUUACACCGCUGGAUUUGCAUCGCUGGAUGCAUCAGGUAUAGUGGGCAUGGCGCUGAGCAAAAACAACACCGUCAAGCCCGUCAAACAACAUACAUUUUUUGAUAACCUCAAGGACCAGCUUGCAAUGCCUGUCCUGACCGCCGAUCUCUACCUGGAAGCAGAAUCCCAUUACGACUUCGGAUUCAUCAACCACAGUUUAAUCCAUGGAGACAUAACGUGGGCUGCCGUCAAUACAAGUGACAGCCAACAGGGCUGGUGGUCGAUAUCGGUUGAAGGAUAUCAAGUCGGAUCAGAAGCCUACGUGGCCAGCGCUUUCCCAUCAAUCGUUGAUACGGGGACACUUCAAAACCUCUUCCCCCCAUCCGUUGUCAGUGCGUAUUAUGAACAGGUGCCUGCCGCUGUGAAUAGCACCGAAUACGGAGCAUUCGUGUUCCCUUGCAACCAGACACUACCAGAUUUUGCGGUGAAAAUCAAUGGCAGAUCAUUCACUGUCCCUGGGAGUCUGUUAAACGUUGCCCAACUCUCCAAUACUACCUGUAUGGGUAACAUUCAGGCAAUUCCGCCAGCAACAGAUGGUGGUUUACCGCAGCCUACGGCCUGCUUAGGGGCUACAUUUAUGUUGCAGCAUCUUCUUGUCUUUGAUUUGGGCACGUUACAAGUGGGGAUUGCGAAAAAGCGAUACAUAGAGAAUGCUACAUUUGUGGAUGUAUAG